UCGUCAUUUUACAUUUUACUGUCAUUUUAACUCAGAUUUGGAAAGAAGCAUCUUAAAGUAGAAUUUAGUAAACAUGGCGUUCAAUUUCCCAGCGUUUUCAUACAUCAUAGCUCUAAUCGUAGAUGCAUUCUUAAUAUUCUUUUCGUUAUUUCACGUGAUUGCGUUUGACGAAUUAAAGACAGACUACAAAAAUCCAAUUGAUCAGUGCAAUAGUUUAAACCCGUUAGUUCUACCAGAGUACCUGCUCCAUCUACUAUUUAACAUAUUAUUCGCUGCUUCGGGGGAAUGGUUUUCCUUGUGUCUAAACAUCCCUCUGAUAGCAUACCACAUAAACAGGUACCGCACAAGGCCAGUAAUGUCGGGUUACGGCAUUUACGAUCCGACGAGUAUUAUGAAUGCAGAUGUGUUGACAAGGUGUCAACGGGAAGGUUGGAUUAAACUGGCGUUUUACCUCCUGAGCUUCUUCUAUUAUCUCUACGGAAUGAUUUACGUUUUGAUAUCCAACUAAGUAGCGUCUACUUUCCGAAGGUCCGUGAAGAUAUUAUAGUGUAGUAACAAAUAAAAGACUGGGAUUUCGGUUCUUAGUAUUAUGCGGUUUUUGUGUAACACGUCACAGCAUCGUAGAGGACACUAGAGCGCAUAAUAAUAGAACUGACAUCCCGUAAAACAGGUACGAUGUAUUAUUUAUAUUUUCUUUUUGUUAUACAUUUGUCAAAUAAAUAUUUUCCCUCUAAGUAAUGACUUGAUUAAGUAGGUGUAGCAAAAAUAAUUAAUAAACGGGUGCAGUCGGCGACAUCAAUUCCUUUUUAUAAUUUCAGUUGAUGCUACCCUUUUAUUAAUUAUAGUUGCGUACUGUAUGUUCUAACAACACCUAUGUAAAUAUUUAUAAUAAAAUGUUUUAUCUCAAUAACCUCUUUAUUUUACAAAAAUAGAAGUAUCGAAUACACAAAAGUGAAAAAUUCCAAUACGAAUUGCUUACGAAACUAUGUGGUAAAAUGCAAAGUUUAAAUAUACAGUAGCGUUAGUAGAAGGUACA